GGCUCUCCCAGGCUGAGUCUGCAGCGUUGCGAUGGAGCGGUGAGAUGCCGGCUCGGCCACCUCUGCAGAUCCGUCGAGGCGAGGAGUUCUGCGUCCGCCAGCACCGCCAGCAGCGUCCAGGACACCGCCCACGAUAAAGAUGCCCGCUGCUCAACAGGUUGUGAUCGUGGGCUGAGCGUGCGGAGAGUUUUGCCGAGGAGAGUCCCGAGGAGAGCCCCACUUGACCACCAUGUCUCACCUCCUGCACAUGGAGAUCCCCAACUUCGGCAGCGCCGUGCUGGACAGCCUGAACGAGCAGCGUCUCCUGGGCCAGCACUGUGACGUGGCCAUCAUGGUGAACGGUCAGGCCUUCAAGGCCCACCGCGCCGUGCUGGCCGCUAGUAGCCUCUACUUCCGCGACCUGUUCAGCGGCAGCGGGCAGGCGCUCUUCGAGCUGCCAUCGUCCGUCACGGCGUCCUGCUUCCAGCAGAUCCUGUCCUUCUGCUACACGGGCAAGAUGACCGUGUCGGCCAGCGACCAGCUGAUGGUCAUGUACACGGCCGGCUACCUGCAGAUCCAGAACAUCGUGGAGCGCGGCAUGGACCUGAUGUUCAAGGCCAACGCGCCGCCCUACUGCGACUCCCAGACGCCCGCCGGAGACGACUCCGCAGGGCACAGCCCGCCUCCGCUGCCCGACCACCAGCACCCGCCGCCCGUGCCCGCCUGCCACAUCAAGCAGGAGAAGGUGGAGACGCCGCUGUGCUCGCAGAGCGAGGAGGCCCGGCCGGGGGGGGGGGACGGAGGCGGGGGUGGCGAGGGCAGGGGGGGGGCGGGGGGCAAUGGCUCCAGGGGCAUGAUGCCCCGGGGCAGUGCCCUCUUCUACAGCGGCGUGGGCGCCAACGGAGGGCUCUUGGGCGUGUACCCGUACGACCUGGUGGCCGGCGAGAACACGAGCCCCGGCGCGUCCAGCCUGCCCGCCACCGACAGCCCCACGUCACACCAGAACGAGGACGAGGACCCGGAGGAGGACGCCUACGACGCGCUGCCCGGCGCCAAGAAGCUCUACGGCUACUCCAUCAACCCCUACGCCAUGCAGGACAAGAUGGAGCUGUCGUCCAUCCCGGUGUCCCUGGAGAGCCGCUACUGUGUGCUGCUGGGUGGUGACCGCGAGGCGCUGCCCGCCAGUCUGAUCAGCCAGAUCGGCUACCGCUGCCACCCUGCCCUCUACACCGAGGGCGACCCGGGCGAGAGACUGGAGCUCAUCGCAGGCUCCGGUGUGUUUAUGACGCGAGGACAGCUGAUGAACUGUCACCUGUGCGCGGGAAUCAAACACAAAGUGCUGCUGCGGCGCCUCCUCGCUGCCUUCUUCGACAGGAAUACACUAGCAGACAGCUGCGGAACUGGGAUCCGCUCGUCGAACUGUGACCCAAGUAGGAAGCCCUUGGACAGCCGCAUUCUGAACACUGUUAAGCUGUACUGUCAGAACUUCGCUCCCAACUUCAAGGAGAGCGAGAUGAACGUGAUCGCGGCGGACAUGUGCACUAACGCGCGGCGCGUGCGCAAGCGCUGGCUGCCCAAGAUCAAGUCCAUGCUGCCCGAGGCCAUGGAGGCGUACCGCAGCGCCGUGGUGGUGGGGGGGGCGGCCGACACCAACCAGGCCCCCGCCGCGAGCACCACCUUCCCCUUCGAGGCCGAGUUUAAGCACCUGACCACGGCCAGCCUGCAGGUGGAGCCGCACCUGUACGGAGACGCGCGCGACCCGCUCAGAACUCUCGGCCACUUCCCCGCGGGUCAGCAGGACGCCAAGGCUGCGGCGGCGGCCGGCGAGCAGGACGGCGGCGAGGCGGUGAAAGGCCGAGAGGACUCGGACGAGGCCAGGAGCCGCCCGGAGCCUGCCGAGAGGGGCGUGCUCAACAUUCACCACGGCAACAAGAAGGCCGACGCCCCCAGCUCCUCCUCCCCUCCAGCAAAGGCACACAGCGGCGACCAGCAGCCCGCGGAGAAGGCCCUCCCCGAGGAACAGUGAACUGUGCCCCCCCCCCUUCCUUAAC